AUGACCGAAUCUACCGGUCACCGGUUUGGGCAGGCACAGAAUCUCCAUCUCCAACACAAGAAGUUCCCUAUGAUCCCCUCCGGCGCCACUUCAACUAGAACGAAUUGGAACUCUAAAAGGCGCACGCACGAUUCCGGUACCUGGCUACCGGGCCGGGAAGACCCUCGCGAUGGAUCGGAUGAGGGACAAGAGCAAAGCGAAGGCAAUCUCCACAAAGGCCCCGCAAGCCCUGAGGCCCCGCAACCUUCGCUUCCAUGCACCGCAUCCAGGGCUGGGAAGCAUCACCAUUGGCUGAUAUCCGUUCAAACUCGCCGAUCAGCCCCGGUCCCGAGCCAACCCGUGGUUGGCGCAUGUCGUUCACUCGGUAACGAACUCACCUACCUGCAUGAGAGUGGUGACAGCUUCAUGCCAGCUGAUGAUGCCGCGCCAAGCUUAGGAAUCCCCGCGUGGGCGGGCGGUAACAAGGAGGAAAUGUUCCUCGGUUGCACCGUCACCCCCACGUGGGCGGAUAAGACGGCCGUGUUGGCUCCCCACAAGGCUGGCCUGAGCGGCAAGCCAGAGCCGCCAUUGCCAAUGCGCGAGACUGAUGACGGGGCGUUUGCCGCCUGGGUCGGCCUCUCAUGUUGGCUUCGCGAAACAAAGGAUGUCAAUGCGAUGCUGAGCCAUAGCCUGCGCAGGCUCCAACCUCAAUCAUAA